CCCUGCGAAUGGAUGGGCGGCGUGGCAGGACGUGUGGUGGGCAGCAGCGCACCACGGCACCACGGUGGGGCAGCACGAAGGGGUAGUUGUCCUGAGAGGACGGAGAGAGGAGGGCGCGCUGUGCCUCAACCAUUACCACCACCGCCACCACCACCAGGACAUUUUACACUACACUUUGAUACUACACUUUGAUACCACCACCAGGACAUUUUAUCACCCUCACUAACUUCUAGCCCUUCAGCCUCCUCACUCUCACGCCCCUCCUCCCUCAACAUCGCGCCUUUGUCAAGUUACACCACUUUGUGCCACCACUCUGUCCUUCACUCCCCCAGCCGCUCUCAAAACACCAGUGCCCAUCGGCAGCUCGCAGUGCACAGGAAACAGUUCUCUACAAAAGAUCUGAAAUGACCCGCUACUCUAUUACUGGCACAAUCAGUGCUUUUGUUUUCCAGUGACAAAAUAUUUCGUGAGAAAUUUAUAAUAUACGACAUCAGGGAUUAUAGAGUAACUGAACAUCGAGAUCCAACACUAAAGUUUUCCCCUAGACUGAAAAUUCAGAUGUCCGUGGAAUUAUAAGUCUGUCAUCCAAAUUGUGAUAAUCAAACGAGUUGCAUCAGUGUCAUUCAAAAAAGUGACAUCCAAACAGUGUCAUCCAACCUAUUUAUAUGCGUGUGAUAAAUAAAGUCCUAUGGUGCACGUGUCUACUAAGACCUCCAUCCAACAGCGCACAAUCAUAACCCAGCACAUGUUCACAGUCUCUUGAGGAGGCACAGCCGCCAUCCAGCUCCCGUCCCGCAGCAACAGAGGCAAAGAGGCAAAGCCACCACGCAACUCUCGUCCCGCAGCAGCAGCAGCAGAGACAAGGAGGCACAGCCGCCACGUAACUCCUUUCCCGCAGCAGCAGAGCAGAAGCAAGGAGGAUGUCAGGGACUGAGUGUGGCGCCCCUUUGGUGAUGGCCCUGGUGAUCACUCUCCUGCCUCAUCUCUCCCUAGCAAUGGGCGUGGCGUUCAUGCCAAAUAGUGAGGAAGGUCUGUCUGAGCUGAGCCAAGCCAUCCUGCAACUCACACAGAGGUUCUCCACAAUGGAGAUCAAUUUGGAGUCUCGCCUCAGCCGCCUCACAGACUCCGCCGCCAAAGGGGAGGCCCACUUCGCAACCCUUUCUUCGCGUCUCGCCAAGGUGGACUCGUUAGUGGAAAAAGUGGAGGCCCUGGACUCCCGCCUCACCCAGGAGACUUCCUCGCUACGCUCUACCAUCAACGCCACCAACACGGACCUCCAGGAAUUGUCAACAAGGCUGGACAGGAUGACGACGACCAGCGAGAUGCGUUUAAGAGGCGGAGAGGAGGAAGAGGAGGAAGAGAGAAACACAAGCCAACCUCUGACCAGAUCUAGGGAGCUCACUUCCUCGAACACCCAUCUUCCCAGUUCAUUGAUCACGCGUUACGUCGCCGAAGAAGUACAGAGGACCCUACCAGUGCUCCUUGACCGUUCCCUCGCCACCUUCCACGACUCCCUGUACAAAAGGCUGAGUGAGAGCGUGGGGCGGCUGCAGGAUGAGGUGCGGGAAGCCCGGGAGGACCUGGAGCAUUUGGGCACUCAGACGCUCUCUACGGCAACGAGCGCACGGCAGGACAUCAGGCAGGGCGGGAAAGCUACACAGGACGCAGUGACGGACAUAAAAAACAGGAUACAGUCCGUCCACCGCGACCUGGCCUUGCAGAUCACGUCAUCCCCGUCCCUCAGUAGCCUUGAACCCGUGCUGCGUCAAGUGAACCUUUCCGUGGUGGAGAGCAUCGCCAGGGCCGCCGCGGGGCUCAACGUGACGCUCCUUGGUGAGGCCUCCCGCAGGAGAGGAGUGUCUGAGGGGGAGGAGAGAGGAGACCGACCCGUACCUCCCAUGCACUGCCCUGACCCAACCACUGUCGCCGCUCUGUUGGAGAUAAAGCUGCUCCUUCAGUCGUUGUUGAGGAAGAGCGAGGACCUGCGCCGCGGCCUCACCAAGAAAACUAGUGAGGGAGUGGAGCUCCUCAAAUUCCUUCAUCAGCGUUUCGCCGUCCUGGUGCGCCGAAUGAACACCGACCCAGACUACGGUCAGGUGCUGGUGGACGAGAUGCAGAGCCUGGGCAACCUGGUGGAGUCAUCCUACACGGCGGUCAUGAUGGCGCAGACUGCCUUCAUAGACUCCUGCAAGCGUAUUCAGGAGGAGGAGCCGCUGUUGGAACGCAAAAUGACAUUGUUGCUUGAUAAACUUGUCACCAACAUCGACCUUGGAUACCGGCACAACCGGCAGCAGCUGUCAGAACUGAAGGAUGUGGUGACGAAGAUGGGUCAGCUCGGCACCGCGCCCAACGUCACCCAGGAACCCGCGACAACGCGCACAAAGGCUGAGGGACAGACGCUUGGUGACGCCGCCGCAGUGCCUGGCGAAAUGCAGAACGCCAUCCUGCAGGCAGUGGACGUCACCAAUCACACAGUAGCUCGGCUAGAGGAGGUGGAAGGCUACGUGGACACCGUAGCAGCUGAUCUCCUCAACACCGAGUGGAGGGAUAGCCGCCAGAAGGAUUCAGCUGACCAGCUGGUGACAGCGGCCAAGGAUCUCAAAGGGCACGCUCAAGAACAAAUCCUUCAGUCUCUCGACUUUUACGAGAUCCUCCUCAUGGUUCUCGAGCAAUUCAACGCAAAUUCUUCUGUCAAGGCCAGCCAGGACCAGCCCGUGGCUUCCACCACCAUGCCGCCUCUAGAGCUGCUCAGUGACGCCGCCCCCCUCACGCUUCCGUCAACCUGCACUGUAGCUCUCUUAGAGCAGAUCACCAGCAUGAAGAUGCGGCAGACGAGCGCCCUGGCCAACAGUGACGACACACCGCUUGCCGGAGCAGACCCAGGGCAGCAGGGCCAAGAGGAAAGGCAGAAGGACGUGUUGGAGGAAGAGGAGGUAGAGGAUAAGGGAGAUGACGAAGAGGAAGAGGAGGAUGUGCCAGCGUGGUACACUGACCCAGUGUUUCUCUCCGGUAACUACGGCACGCCAGACCGCGGGUUGCCGGUGUUCAGGGAGGAGGACUGGGUGGAUAUGGACGACGCUUACGACAACGAAUCCACCCCACCGCCCCCGCCCACCACCACACCCGCCACCACCUCACCCAGGCCUGGGACCACGGGGCUAGUCAGUCGCUACUUCGGGGUCCCGUAGUUCUCUCGCGUCGUAUCGCUUCGCUGGUACACCAUCACAUUUGCCGUUGUGACCGAGAGGUCUAAUAGCAUUACUUACACAGCUUUACAACAAUCAAAACACUCUACAACAUACCAAAACUUGUGAACUCAGCACAAACAACAAAAUGUGAUUAUCGGCAACAAUAUUUAUAACACAUAUUAUCACAGAAAUUGUAUAGCACUAUUAGUAACAUUUGUAGUAGUAGUAGUAGUAGUAGUAGUAGUAGUAGUAGUAGUAGUAGUAAUUCCAGUGAAAACAGCAAAAGUGAUACAAUGCUAGUGAUAGUAUAGUUGUAGAAGUAAGUAGUGAAAGUGACAGUGGAUGGAGUAGUAGAGGCCGUGGUGAAAGUCAAGUAGUUCAGCACGAGUAAUAUAAAUGACCCAUAACAUUAGUAAAAGUGAACGAUAACAAAGGGAGAUCAAUAGACACACUUAGAGAUUGAACCAGUAAACUAAGAAGAGAGAGAGAGAGAGAGAGAGAGAGAGAGAGAGAGAGAGAGAGAGAGAGAGAGAGAGAGAGAGAGAGAUGCUGGAAUGUCGAAGCAUGAACAGGGUGGACAAAACAGAAGGGAGAGAAAUGGCUCUGCUGGGCCCAGAGCACCGGAUAUAUGGCGACAGCAUGGCUGUCCGGUGAUCCACGAGAGAGAAGGGAGACCGCGAUGACGUGACCCUGCCGCUGGUAAACGCAGUAUAAUUAAUGACGGAAAAACGCACCUAAUACCGGAAAUACUCAACAAACUCCUAAAGCAAUAUCUAAAAGUCUCGAAUGUUAUCACAAAUAAUCCUUUACAUGACAUAAUUAUGAUGUCGCUCUUCAGUUUUAGAUUACAUACUUAUAGUACAUUGUUCUACCCAAAAUAAAUACAAUUACUACUG